UCAAUGUCAGCCAGUCCCUCUGGUGAAAUAGUGGAGGGCAGUUCAGUGACUCUGACCUGCAGCAGUGAUGCCAACCCACCUGUGGACAAAUACACCUGGUACUUUCAAAAUAAGACUUUUCAAAAUGGAUUUGGACAGAUCUACAACAUAAGUAAUUUCAAGUCUAAGGACAAUGGACAUUACCACUGUGAGGCCUGGAAUGGAAGAGGGUCUAGGAACUCUACAGUUCUGAUGAUAACUUUACCAGGGAAACAAACAUCAGUUAUGACCGCAGCUGUAGGAAUCAUAGUUGUUGUUCUGGUUCUCAUCUUCUGUCUCUCUGGCUUCAUGUGGUUCAGGAAGAAGGCCUCCAAAUCCACCUCUGACACAAGAGACACAUCAGAGAAUGUACAGGGAGACUCUAGUCCAGUGUAUGACAACAUCUCAAGCAUGUGCCAUGACCCCUACUGCAGUACAGACAGCAGCCACCGUAGACCAGGAUGA